AUGAACCUCACCCUUGUGAGACAACUGUUGCUCCAUCAGGACCUGGUUGACAUCCUUGAGAAAAUCAAGGAGAGCGGACAGAAGACUCUGGUGACUGUUCAUCACAACGUGAGACAAAUACACCGGGUUAUGGAGAGGGUGCUUCUAGAGAAAGAGCAGGAGCAGAUUGCUUCAACACAGAUGCCAUGGCAGACUAAGGGAGAGCUGUUCCCAGCCCAAGAGCAGGAAAAACAGCUCAGGGAGCAGGUGGAAGAGCCACAGGAGAAUGGCCAGAAGAUCAAGGUGGAGCCACAAGCAGAGCUGCCCGAAGCUCAGAGUGCCAUCAUGGACAUGAAGAAAAAUAACAAAGAAGACAUGGGAAGUAUUCAAGAGGAGAAUCUCCAUCAGCAGAGGGGCGAUCAACAAAACCAGGUGAGUGAAAGAGUGGCAGCCACUCCACUCAUGAAAUGUCCUCUCCCUUCUUCUUUACAGUCUACCAAGGGACACAUGCAGGCAGAGCUGCAGGACUCUGAGGCUAGCAACAAGGCAAGGGAGAAGAGGCUGGAGGAAGAAAUGAAAAUCUUCAGAGAGAAACUUAAUCACCUCCCUCAGGCUCUAGAAGUGGCCAUAAAGAAAAUAAAUCUAAAAGGACUGAGGAAGAAGCAACUAACCAUUAAUGAAAUUAUGAUUAUGAAGAGAUAUAGGAGUCUCAGUGUUGUGAAUUAUUUAGACAGCUACCUUCUGGGUGAGGAACUCUGGCUAGUUAUGGAGUACAUGGAUGGAGGCGCCCUGAGUGAUGUCAUUAGCAAGACCUACCUCUCUGAAGUUGAGAUGGCAGCCAUCUGUCGGGAGUGCCUGCGAGGACUGGAUUUUCUUCACUCAAACCAUGUGAUCCACCGAGAUGUGAAGAGCGGCAACAUCCUUCUCAGAACCGAUGGUUCUGUAAAGCUGGCUGAUUUUGGCCUCUCUACUCAGCUCACACCUGAGAAGAAUAGAAAGAGCGUGCUAGCCGGGACUAUUUGGUGGAUGGCACCUGAAAUGGUGAAGGAUCAACCAUAUGGCCCCAAAGUAGACAUAUGGUCUUUUGGAAUUGUGGGGAUUGAAAUGGUAGAUCAAGAACCUCCUUACUGCAAUGAAAGUCCUGCCUCGGCUAAACAACUGAUAGCCACAGUAGGCACCCCAAAGCUGCGACAAGCCAAGCACCUCUCACCUUGCCUGUGUGAUUUCCUGAGCCGCUGCCUGCAGACAGACGAGGAUCAGCGCUGGUCUGCCAAGGAGCUCCUGCAGGAGAGUGAGGACUCCCGGGGGAUCCUGAGGGCCUCUUUAGCAAGGUCGGAGGUCACCCCUUGUGACCUCCGGGACAUUUUCUCAUGCCUCCUCAACCCCACCGAGUUUGUUGUGUGGGAGGCGGCAUGGGAAAAGGAAGUUGUGGAGAUCCUUCCCUCCUUGUGGGACGAUCCCCACACAGGGCAAAACUUAAAUGGUGAUACCAUCUCCAUCGAGCACCUGUGCGGGAAGGGAGACCUGGCAGAAAGGCACAUCCAGGCAAGACUUAUCCCGCCUGAGACCCUUAAAGAAGGCCAGAAGGCAGCAGAGAGGGCGUUUCUUAGGCUUCCCGCUACCGCACCCCAGAUUUCGUAUUCUAAGAUUUUGCAGCACACAGACGAGCCAUUCAUACUCUUUGUUGAGCAUCUCCAGAAGGCGAUCGAGGCGCAGGUGCAGGGAGAAGAGGCCAGGAAGCAGCUCCUGUGUGAAGCAGCAACCACUAAUGCCAACGCAGUGUGCAGGGAUGCCAUCCCGAGCCUGCCAAUGGAUCCGCCAAUCUCCCUGCAAUGGAUGAUCGAGAUCUGCUCUCGAAAGGUCACCAUGCCCUCCAGAGACCUCGACCACCAGGCUAGACCGCUGCCCCGCUGCGUUGCUGCUGCUGACAUCCCAGAAGCUGUCCCAGUGGGCUCUGAUCCUGUUUUUCCUUCAGCUGACUACCGGCCUCGACCAAACACCCCUGGAUCGGUUCACAAGAGCACUUCCCCCUGCCAUCUAUGUGGGAAUGUGGGCCACUGGAUGCCUGACUGUACCGUGCGGAAGGAGUUCUGGAAGUUUAAAAAGGAGAGCAAAGCAAAUACAACACAACACUUUGUGACAGAGGUGAACUUCCCAGGCUAUUUUCUGUUUGCUGUGGGGAAGGUUGGUUAUUGCUUGGCAUAA